UUGGCUGUCAACAUCCACAGGAAGGGAUCUUCCAAGCAGUGAAGAGCUAGAAAUGAGGUGACCCUAUGAACUCAAUCAGGCUCCAACCAGCCCAGCAAAGAACAGGUCCAGCCCCAUGGCCUCAAAGAAGAAGAGUGGGGGCGCAGGCCGCCGGGGUCCAGGAGGCAUAGAUGUCACAGAGCCGGUGCUAUCAGAGCGCUACCAGUUUCUGCAGCGGGAGUAUGCAGCAUUGACUGAGCAGCUAGAAACCUAUGAGAAGCGUGUGCAGAAUAUACUGUGGGAGAAUGAUUUCCUGGACCGGGAGGCUGCCCAGCUACGUGAGGAGAACCGGCAAUAUGCAGCUUAUAUGUCCUCACGGGCCCAGCGCUGCGCCAACAUCAUCAUCACACUGGAUGCACAAAAUCGUGCAGACCUGGCUCAGGUGCAUUUCCAACAAGAAGAACUCACUACCCUGUACCAGGGUCGGGAGGGUGCAGUGCGCUCCCAGCUCACAGAGAUGGAGGCCCGCUCAGCCAACAUGGCGUACCAGGUGGAACGUCUACAGCCCUUCAAGGAGCUGCAGCUGGAGCAGCUGGCCAGGAUCAAGACGCUGGAGCGGGAGCUGCUGCACCUGCGGGUGGAGCACACCCAGCUGCUGCAUCGGGUGAAAGGCCGCUUCCUGGAGGACAAGGCGGCUUACGAGCGGGAGGCCCGGCAACAGCUGCAGCUGCUGGUGCGCAAGGCGGAGCGAGAAGCCACGCGCUCCCUCGUCUUACACAUUCAGUCUAUCAAGGCCGAGAACCGCCGUCUCAGGCAGGAGCUCCUGGAGCUCCUGCUCCGGACAAAGCUGCUGCACGAUACCAGGCAGGAGCUGCUGGAGCAGCGGACGCGGUUACGCCAGGAGCAUGAAGACACCAGGGAAAUGGGCAAAAUCCAUGACUGGCUUAAACGGGGACCUGAUGGACCCAAACUUUGGGAGCCACCACUUCAUGAAAUCAGCUCCACUUCUCCCUCAACCUUGUUCGCACCUUCCUCACUCAUGCCCACCUCUUCAUCCUUACCCCCCUCUUCACCCAGGCCCCAAACCUCCCCCAUGUACUUCGCCUCCCCCAUGCUCCAAGGCUCCCCUAUACCCUCAGCUUCCCCCAUGCUCCAAGCCUCCCCUAUACCUCUAGCCUCCCCCAUGCUCCAAACCUCUCCUUUACCUCCAGCCUCCUCCGCUUCACCUGUUGCCCCAGUCUCACCCAAAUCCCCAGAGUUUUCAGAAAACACUGCUGGUAGUCCAGGUGUCUCUCCAUCUGUCCCUACAGGCCCCAAUACUGAGUCUCCAACUACAGAUGGAUUGCAUGAGGUUCCCCUCCAGGCCUCUUUACUGAGUGAUAGCACUUCCCAUGAGUCUAUAAACAUAGGAUCAAAGACAGACUCCUGAGCAGGGACUUGGGGAUCAGAGAGGGUUGAAAAGAAUGGGGAAACAAGAAAGAGUUUUAUAAUAAAGGUCUAUGUCAUGCCCCA